GAGAGACAGAGAGAAAGAUCGAAAUCAAAUAAAACUUUUAUGUAGAUUAAUCGACCAAUUGAUGAACGAUAAGAUCUAAUAAAAACAGAAAAUCAGAAGAGAGAAGCCAGAUCUGAGUUAGAAUGUAAAAAAUCUAUUAAAAAUAAAAAAACCUACACAAAUUGAAACUCACAAAAUCAAAAGAGACAACUGCAAAUCUGGAGAAUCAACCUUCGAAUCUGAUGAAGAGAUGAGUACAGAGAGUGAGACUGAGACACAGACAGAGAGAAUUCAACCUUCGAAUCUGCGCCUUCUGUUCAAGCGAACAACUUCAAAUUCUGGUGGAGACAGGCCUUAAUCUUGAAUCUAUAAAUUCAAACCAACCAAUUCAACCACCCCCACGUUUCCAAACUGCACAGCAGUUCUAAAUCAGUUUCAAUAUCUUCGAAUUCUGUUGCUUUAUGACUUUGUGUUGUUCAAAAUAAACAACUUCUCGGGUGAUUCUUUAUCGACACUUAUCUACUUUGACGGACAGUUCCACCAUCAACAAAUCACCCACUUGGUCACUCUUCAAACGAAAUGAAACCUUCUCCCUCUCUCAUCUUCAUCUUCUCUCACCUUCUCUCUCAUCAUCUCAUUCUCCAUUCCCUCUCCAGCCCCCAAAUUCUCUCCAAAUCAAAGCUUGAAAGGUGCGACAAGGUUUCUGACUCCGGCAGCCUCAAUUGCACCACCAAAAUGCUCAUUAACAUGGCCAUUCCCAGUGAAUCGAGUGGGAGAGAGGCCUCGAUUGUGGCGGAAAUUGUAGAGGUGGAGGAGAAUUCUACUGCGGAUAUGCGAACUCUGCGAUUCCCACCUGUGAUCACAGUUAACAAAUCGGCCGUCUAUGCACUGUAUGAGUUGACAUAUAUGCGGGAUGUUGCUUAUAAGCCUGAGGAGUUCUAUGUUCAGACGCGCAAAUGUGAGCCAGAUGCUGGUGCAGAUGUUGUGAUGAACUGUGAGAGAACCUGUUGUCCUUGUGGGGACGAGCGUAGGGUUCCGUCAUCAUGUGGAAACUUCUUUGACAAGAUGAUGAAGGGGAAGGCCAACACUGCACACUGUCUCCGAUUUCCAGGUGAUUGGUUCCAUGUUUUUGGUAUUGGACAGCGCUCAGUGGGAUUUAGCAUUCGGAUUGAGGUGAAGACGGCAUCUAAAAUAUCGGACGUGAUUGUGGGCCCUGGGAAUAGAACCGUAACAUCCAAUGAUAAUUUCUUACGAGCAAAUCUUAUUGGAGAUUAUGUUGGAUACACUAAUAUUCCUUCAUUUGAGGAUUACUACCUUGUUAUUCCAAGUCAGGGUGGCCCAGGUCAGCCACAAAAUCUGGGAAGGAACUUUUCUAUGUGGAUGCUGAUUGAGAGAGUUAGAUUUACUUUAGAUGGUCUUGAAUGUAACAAAAUUGGUGUGGGUUAUGACGCUUUCAAUGGGCAGCCGGAUUUCUGCUCAUCCCCAUUUUGGAGUUGCUUGCAUAAUCAGUUGUGGAACUUCUGGGAGGCUGAUAUGAACCGAAUCAGUAGGAAACAGUCACCACUUUAUGUUGUGCAAGAGAGGUUUGAAAGGAUAAACCAGCAUCCAAAUUCAGGGAGUCAUUCAUUCUCCAUAGGAAUAACUGAAGUUCUUAAUACAAACCUCUUGAUAGAACUAAGUGCUGAUGACAUAGAAUAUGUCAACCAAAGGAGCCCUGGAAAAAUUUUAAGCAUUACUGUGCCAACUUUUGAAGCCCUCACUCAAUUUGGGACUGCUACCAUCACUACUAAAAAUAUUGGUGAAGUGGAAGCAUCAUACAGCCUUACGUUUGAUUGCUCAACAAGUGUUGGCCAAAUGGAGGAACAGUAUUACAUAAUGAAGCCAAAAGAAAUUACAACUCGAUCUUUCAAAUUGUACCCUACAACUGAUCAAGCUGCAAAAUAUGUGUGCGCAGCUAUACUGAAGGACUCUGGUUUUAGUGAAGUUGAUAGAGCGGAGUGCCAAUUUACUACUACUGCCACUGUUAUUGAGAAUGGAUCACAGAUUCCUUUUCAACCACCAAAGACCAGUAUACAUGGUUUCUUUGAAUCUAUUGAGAUAUUGUGGAAAAACUUCUGGGAUGGUUUGGCAGACUUUUUCACUGGCAAUACUUGCAGAAGGAAAUGCUCUGGGUUUUUCGACUUCAGCUGCCACAUACAGUAUAUUUGUAUGAGUUGGAUAGUGAUGUUUGGUCUGCUUUUGGCAAUUUUCCCAACAGUGGUUGUGCUACUCUGGCUUCUACAUCAAAAAGGGUUCUUUGAUCCUCUUUGUGACUGGUGGGAAGAUUAUUUUCAGGCUGAUGAACAAAGAAUUGGUAAUAUGCGGAAGCAUAGAUAUAAUGCUGAUGUUUCGAGAAUACAUCAAAAGAAACAUCACAAGCUGCAAAGAAGGCAUCAUAAGUAUGAUACCCAAAAGAAGCGAAGAAGUUUUCAUACCGAGCAGAGGCAUGACCAUUCAGAACUGGACACUGAUUAUUAUUACUAUCUUCACCAUGUCCAUAAAGACAAGCACAAACAUGGCAAAACCAAGGGCACCCGUAUCAUGCGGCAGAUGUACUUAGAUAAAGGGGAGGUUGACCAUGUUGGCCACCAUAGACACAGAAAAGAAAAGGAAGCAAUAGAAGGCUUGUCCAAAAUUACUAGAUAUAGUGAUGAAAAUCAGACGGAUCAUUACAAGCACAAACAUGGGCCUUUUGGUGAAAUACAUUCUAAGCUGCAUGUUUAAUACAGAAAAUAGUUGGAUUUGGAUAGAUAUCAAUGCAUGUUACAGUUUAUUUACACUUCACCAAUUUAAAGCAAAGCUUUUUGUCA